AAGCAGUUGCCUAUCGAUAACAAAACAGCUGAUUGCCGGCGCAUGUUGUUUUUCUUGUGCAAUUUCCGUGAAUUAAAUUUCCAUUUUCUGUGUGAAAAACGUCCAUGAAGUGACCAAAAUGCAACGUGCACGCUUGCUGCCAAGCCUGUGCCUGCGUUGGCAGCGUCUAGGCCAACUAACCGGAAGCCUGGCCUGCUCCCCGAGCUCAGGACAGCGUUAUGCAAUUGCAAAGUCGCCGGUUGGGACUUUUCCGGCUUUGCUUGUGACUUCCAGCCAGCAGCAGCGUUUCCUCAGCACGGAAAGGAAAACCAGCAGACGCAACAACACUUCACCCAGGCCUCCAGCCAGCAUCGAAGAGGUUUGGACUCAAUUGGAGACGUACUAUCAGCAGCACAGCCUGCUCAACUAUGACCACUGCCAGCGGGUGCUCGAGCACCUGCAGGCCAAUAAGGCAGGUACUGUGACUGCCGAGCAGGUGCACUUCCUGCUGGGAUCGUGUGUGCCCGAACUGCUGCCCGCACAGAGUGCACAGCAGAGGCUGCAGCUCUUCCAAAACCUGUGGAAACAGCUCCUCAAGCUGGGACAACAGCCCACGUUGGCUCACUACCAAACGCGACUGCAGGUGUUGCGUCAAAACCGUCUGUCCCUGCCCGAACAUCGAUCCCUGCUGGCCGAGAUUGCUAUCUACCAUGGAGCCGCCGAUGCUGGCCUGUACAGCGAACUGUUGGACGUGGCCUGCUCGGCGGGCAACAUGCGCCAGGCCAGUGAACUUCUAGCCGAGAUGCGUGAGCACAGCUUUGCCCUCACCGAACGUAACUUUCAUUCGCUGCUUUUGGGCCAUGCCCGCAAUGGAGAUCUGGCCGGAACAGAGUCUGUGGUGGCCAGCAUGCGUUCUGCUGGGAUUCAACUGGGCACCAGCACCACCGAGGCCCUGCGAUUCGAGGCGCUUGUGGAGAGCGGUCAGCUGGAGCGGGCCAAGGAGGUGGUGCUACAGGCCACAUCCAGCUUCAGUCAUGCCCAGCUGCUUCAAAUGCUAAGAGCAGUGCUGGCGGCCAAGGAUGUGGAUGUUCAGCUUGUCCAGCAGCUGGUGAGCGAAAUGCCCAGGGAAUUCCUCACAGGACUGGAUCUGCCGUCUGUCCUGAAGAGCCUUUGCAUCCAGCUGCUGCAUGAGAGUCGUCCCCAGGUGGUCAUCCAGCUGGUAGGUGCCUUGCCGGCGCCCAAUCACACCCAGAACCAGAAUGUGGACGAGUAUGGCAGCCUGUUGCUGCAGGAAUUCUUCCGCGCCAAUAUACCUGUUCAAGAGACUCUACAGUUUGCCCGCCAGCUGGUCCAGCGUGGCCAGAAUCCCCGUGCCCUACACCUGCUGGUGGAGUUGGCCCUGCGCCGCCUGCCUGUGGCGGCUUUGAGCUGCCUGGAGGCCUUGGCCGCCGCUGGAGAGGAGCUGCGUCCUCACUACUUUUGGCCUUUGUUACUGCAUCAUUAUAGACGCGAGGGUGAGAGUGGAAUGCUGCGCCUGAUCUCCGAGAUGCAACGCCUGCGUGUGGAGUGCGACGAGGAAACCCUGCGGCAGUACCUGCUGCCGAAUCUCACCCAAAGCUUGACGCAGCCAGUGGAGAGUGUAAAGGCAUUGGAGGCGGUGGGCGUGAAACCCUCGCAGUCUCUAGGACCUAUUCUAGGUAUACUCCUGCAGCAGCACCAGUUGCCCGAAGUCCAGGAGCUGCUCAAGCGCUAUCCCACGCGUCUGGAUCUGGGGACACUACUUCAACCCCUGUGCUCGCUGGCAGUGAAUGCGAGGGCCACCAAGCGUUACGAGUCUUUCGCCCAGCUGAUCCAAGCUCUGCAGCUAAAGGCACUCCAACGGGAAGAGGACUUUGUGGGCGCCCUGCUGCUUCAGAUGUGUGGACCUCAGACACGCCUGCGUCAGGAUCCGGCAGCCCUGCUAAGCUUUGUCCACGAACUGCAGCGUUUAGAGCUGCAAAUCUCACCCACAGCCGCCGAGGCUUUGCUUUCACUAGCCCGCCAAGCCGUCACCAAGACGGAGGAGGAUAUCAGCCAAAACCUGGCCAAGAUUUUGCAAAAGAUGCGCAACUCUAAGCUGACCCUACCGGCAGAUGCCGCCUCCCUGCACGGCGGCUUUAUCAAGCAUCCGCGGGACAUGAGCCUGGAUGAGCUGGAGUGCCACCUGGUGGAGCUGGAGGCCAAGCAGCUGAAUCCACGUGGAGUGUUGCGCCGGCUGCUGCAGCUAACCGUGCGCAGUGGUCGCCUCGAAAGGGCGCAAGAGCUGCUGGCCAAGUGCCAGGCCCUGAAAGUGCAAUCCAGUGCCGGCAUGCUGGCCUCUAUUUUGGAUCUUCACAUCAAGUUGAGUGAUUUACCGCGCGCCCAGAAAACGUUGGAUCAACUCAGGAGCAGCUAUCCAGCCUUCCAGCUGGACGAGCACAAGCUCAUCGACUUUGCUGCCUUGUUGGUGCGCGGCGAGCAGCUGAAGGCCGCCAAGCAGCUGCUGCGUCAGCGUUCGGAGAACCACAAGAUUGUGGGCGGCGACUAUGUGAUCAAGAAUGUAUGGCAGCUGCUCAACAAUGUGGCCCAAAUGGCUGCCUCACUGCCUCCAAGUGGACCCGAGGAGAAGUCCAGGAAUCACACCAGCGAAAUGCUAGACUUUUUGCGUGGCCUGGGCUACUGUCAGUCCCACAAUGCCUUGCUGGGACCUGUGGUGCGCGAGUGGCUGCUCAAGGGUGACCUGGAUGCAGCGGUGGAGGAGUUCCAGCGGCUGGCCACCAAGCAUAAGCACACGCCCCUGCAGUUUGAGAUGCUCUCGCUGCUGGUGCGCCUGGGCAAUGGCGAUGAGGAGGAGCUAAAGCGUUUCCAAACCAGCAAGACGACGACGACACCUCAGACAGCCCAGCAGCAUCUGUCUUCGGUCACGAGCACAGUGAGCCGUGUGCAUGGUUCCGCCAACAUGAAUAGUGCCCUUCUACUGGCCCUGGCCGAGUCUGGAACGGAAACCCAGCUCCGUCGGCUGAUCAUCAACCCCGAGUUCCGUAUCAAUCAUGAGCUGCUGCUCAAGAACUGCGAGCAUUUGGGCCAGGAGGGAGCUGUGCGCACGCUGCUCCGCUUGGCGCGGGGAGUACGAGGCGUGCAGCGAACCAUUGACGAGCAGAAGAUUUACGAUCUGCUCCUUGGGCAGUUUUGCCGCAGCAAUGACUAUGAGGCGGCGCUGAAUCUGUUUGAGCGCCUGGAGGCCGACGAUGAGCUGAAGGUGUCGCAGGAGUUUCUGCGCAAUCUGGUGCAGUUGCUCAAUGUCAAUCAGGUGGAGAUACCCAGUGGGAUAGCCCUGAGGGCACAGAUUAGGUAGCAAAAUG